CGGCGAAAGGAAUCGGAGGAAGAUGCAGCUGCUACCCUGGCUUCUCACUUUGUUCAUGUGGAGGGCGAUGGGAGAUAUGGUGACUCAACGAUUCUUCGUCCCUCAGAACCAGAACAUGAAAAUCACGUCCCCGACUUGGCAGACUAUCGUUGAAUAUGAGCUUCAGUGCGCCAUGCUUUGCAUGCAGAACUCGACGUGCUUCAGCUACUCUGUGACACAGGCUUCUGGGAAUAUCACAUGCCUCUUCGGAUACAGAUACGACGAACCGAGGACUGCCGAUGCAUCGAGCAAAUUCUUCUACAAAGAUACGCCAAUACCAACAGGGUAUAACCUGGUGCCGGGAACAAAGAGUUACGUGAAGCUUGUCGGUGGCCAAAACAUUAAUGAAGCUAAUGCUGCGUUGGCGUGCAAGAAUGAAGGCAGUGAGCUGGUCUCCUCCAACAAUGCAUUGGUGAACAAUUACAUUAAGCAACAAUGGGCCAGUGUACCUGCUGGUCAGUAUUACUGGGUCGGUGGGCUGAGCGUCGCGGACAUGUACCACUGGACAUUCCCAGAUGGUACCAACGUUUCUGUCGGCGGGCAAGAUGCCCUGUGUCCCCUUUUGAUUCAUUAA